AUGGCAACCAUUCUAUGUUCCACCUCCGUUUGCUCCUCUGUUUCUCUAAAAACUCCAGGUCAAAAGCCCCUUGAUCCUAAUUCUUCUUGGAAAAGGGGUCAGUUUGCUAAAGUAAAACAUGGGGGCAACAUUGAUAUUGUGGGAUACUUUUAUGGUAUCAUUGCGACUGCGGCUGUAGAUAGUAGUAACAAAAGCACUAAGCCAAAUAGCAUUGUUUGUGCUAAUUGUGACGGAAAUGGUGCAGUAUUGUGUUCUCAAUGCAAAGGUGCGGGAGUUAAUUCUGUGGACCACUUCAAUGGACAGUUUAAAGCUGGUGGAUUAUGUUGGCUCUGCAGGGGUAAAAGGGAGAUUUUGUGUGGAAAUUGUAAUGGAGCCGGCUUUGUUGGUGGAUUCAUGAGCACAUUUGAUGAUUAA